AUGGAUUUAUCAGAUCUAUUCCAACAUUCUAAUCAAAAUUUCCUACUUAUUAAUCAAUUUCAAAAUAGGACUUCUUAAACAAAAGAAAGUAUUCAAUAGAAUAUAUAAUCCCUUCUUCAAUUCAAAUAUAGGAAUAUUGUCAAUGAAGGAGAUUAGCUCAUUGACGUGACUGAUUAAUUAUAGAAUAUUUUGAAUUAUUCAGAAGUAUUAUAAAAGAAAUUUGAAUAAAGUCAAAAACUUUAGCAAAAAUUGAGAGACAUAGAAGAAGAACUUCAAUCUUAUUUCUAAUGCAAAUAAAACUUUAUAGAAAUAAUUGAAGAAUAUAAAUAGUCAUUAGAAAAGUAUAAAGAAAUGAAACAAAAUGUUAAAGAAUUUAGUUAAAAUGAUUUACCUAGAUAAGAUGCUUAAAAUCGUCUUUAAGUAUUAUUUUUUAAAUAUAUCAGGAAUAUGCUUCCCUUAUUAAAAAAUUGAAAGAUUAUUCUACAUUCAAAAAUGAAUUAAAUGACUUGAAAAAAAUUGAUAAAAGAUUUCAAAUAUUGGAAUAAGAAGAAGAUUACUUGGAAUACUAUUUAUAAGUUAACAACAAGUUGUAGGAAUAAAUAACACUAUCAGAUACAUAAUUGUUAUGCCAUUUUGUAUAAAUGCUUGGCUAAUCAAUAAGUUAUCUAAGUAUUAUUAAUUAUUAAUUUAUUUCUUUAGAAUCUCAUUAAAAUUGUUCAGUCAUUAUUUACUAUGAAGAUAAAAAAAAUAUUAGCGAAGAAGUCUUGAUGUAAUACAAAUAUGCAAUCCUUUUAAAGAUAUAUGAUAUGGUUCCAACAUUAAUAUUGAUUGAUAAGGAAAACUCAGAUGCUCAGGUUAUAUGCGCUUCUUAGCAUAGAUAAUAAAACAAAUUAUAUUUGGAAAAUUAUAAGAAUUAUUUAAGUAAUAUAAAACCCAGUUAUACACUUUUAAAACCAGAUAUUAUUUUAGGAUCAACAUUUACAAAAAUUAUAGAGAAAUUAAUAUAAAUCAAUAUGAUUAAUUAAAUAAGAAAUAUUACAUAUUAAGAAAUGUUGGAAAAUACUAAAAAGAUACUUUUAUAUCAACAAGGUUUAGAGUAAUUAGAUUGUUUUUAAUUUUUAGAUACAAUGCAAAUAGAAUUGAAUUGA